AUGAAUAAAAAUAUAAAUGACAAAUCCCCGAUGCGUGAAAAAGGAGAUAACAUCGAAAUUCUUAAAACUUUAGACCCAAUAAUUAAAGAAUUUCAAACUAAUUUUAGAUUAAUAAAUUCCAAUUAUUCAUUAACAGAUUUUGAAAAUAUACUAAACCCUAUUGAAUAUGCUGAAUUUAAUUCAUUUUUGGCAUACUUUAUUUGUUCUCUUUUUUAUUCGUAUUUAAAAAUAUCUGGAAAUUUGAUAAAUAACGACCAUGCCAUUAAAAAGGAACUAAAAAAAGUUCAAUUGCUAAUGAAAGAAAUAAAAGAAAAAAAUCAGAAAAAUAAUAAACAAAAUAAUCAAGAAAAACGAAUUAUCAAACUUAAUAAAGAUGCGACAAAAAGAAUAAUAAAUUCAUGUGUUUCUUAUAACAAUGAUUUAAAAAAAAGAAAAUGCAAAGAAGAUGAAUAA